AUGGCUCUCAAAUUUUUACUUUUUGUCUUCCUUGAUUUCAAGGGCAACACUUUUGCGUUUGAACCAGAAGCGAUCAAAGAUGAUAUCACAGGAUUCAUGGAGUUUUCCCCGUAUGGACUCGAGAAUGUCUUGAAAACGACUGAAGAUUCUGAGGAAAUCGAACUCGAGGGCGAAUUCGAAAGUGAAACCACUCAAGCCUUGUUUGCUGAACUCAUCGAUGGGGUUAUCUACAGAAAUGGUCCUGGAAAGUUCGAGUUCGGCAACACCUCCUUUGGCCACAUCUUCGAUCCUUCUGCCAUUCUCUCAGCAACACGAAUCCGGGAUGGAAAGGUUUUCUUCCGACAGAGAUUCGUUCAAUCUUCCAAUUUCAAAAACAACACGGAGAACAGCCGGAUAAUUAAGCCAGAAGUUGGAACCUAUGCCGAACCUGAUGAUAUUACUACGGAUAAAAAUGGAAAUGCUUAUGGCCGCCGCGAAGUGUUCAAAAACAGACGAAAAUUUCUCUUUGAGGAAGGUUUAUCGACCGACAAUACAGUCGUUAACGUCAUGCAUGUCGCUGGUCAUCUUAUGUCGCUCACAGAUUCUUCUUACCGGCAUCUACACGAUUUCGAAACCUUAGAAACUAAAGAUCGAAUUGACAUCAACUACUCACCAAAUAUUCCGCACGGUAUUUUCUGCAUGACCACUUCUAGUCAUCCGGUCUUGGACAAGGAAACAGGUGAUUUGUGGGACAUGGCUGGUUGCCUCGACUUCAUGACAAACGAGUAUAACAUCCCAAAGAUCCAUAUUCACCCAAUCGUCUGGCGUGGAGUGGGACAUCCAAAAUCUCAAUACCCCACUCCUUGGACCAAAGAGCAGAUUUUGUCUUCAAUCGAAUUCGGUCCUGCAAUUGACAGCCCAAAAUGGCCCGAUCAUCCCUCUGCAAUGCCAUAUUUUCACUCCCUCGCCCGCGCCGGGAAAUAUCUCAUUCUUCCUGUAGGCGGCACCGUCCUCGACAUGAUUCCGAUGCUCAAGAAUGGCAUAAGGAAGAAAAAACCAAUGAUCGAAAGUUUGAUGUUUUUGAACACCUCGCCUGCUAGAUUCUUGAUUUUUGACCGCGAAAAGAUGGAAUGGGAGAGUGUUCAACCUCUAGCGCAGGCUUUUUCGCAUUUUCACGUGGUAAACAGUUUCAUUGAUGAGCAAGAUCAAUUAAAUAUUGAUAUCAUCGAAGCAAAUCCAAACGUCAUGCAAGCUCUAGAACUCGACAACCUCAAGACCACCAAAAAUGAAUACCUUGAAAUUUGGUCAAGUAUCAUUCCUUCUGGCAAGCCUGUGCGCUUCAUCCUCGGAAAGAGAAGAGAAGAGUUUCUUCAAUGGGCUGAUGUAGUUCAGAGUCCUGGAAUAACACCAUCACUGAAUUUUCCAUGCUUCGAAAACGGAGGGAUCGACUUUCCAGUUUUGAAUCCGUUGCAUUAUGGUAAAGACUACAAGCACUACUGGACGUGCGGCUUCGGCGAAUUGCUGUCUGAUAGAAUUUACUACGUCAACAUGGAAACUGGAGAAAGAAAAAUCUAUCGAGUUCCGAACUACCAUUUCUCUGAACCGGUUUUUCUCACGCCGGAAAAAGAUGACCUUUCUGAAAAUCAAGGAGUAAUUGCUUCAACAGCAAGUCCUUUGAAUCCGGAAGACAGGGCUUUUAUUGUCUUUCUCAACGCAAGCACGAUGAAAGAAGUUGCCCGGUUCUACUUUCCUCAAGGAUUCAAAGUCCCGAUCAGCUUCCAUGGAAAUUACUACAGACGAGAAGAAACAACUAUAAACUAG